GGGCCGAGAGCGGCGGCCCCGCCGUUUGUUUCCGGUCUUGGGCUGGAGCACCCCCCGCCCCGUCCCCCGGCGCAGAGCUUUCUGGGAGCUCGCGGCUGCGAUGGUCCGUGGGUGAGCCUGCGAAGAAGGUGUUGCGUGGGACCCCGCCAGGGAUAAAAGAUGACGACAGCAGCCAGGCCGACUUUUGAGCCCGCGAGAGGCGGGAGAGGGAAAGGAGAAGGGGAUUUGAGCCAGCUCUCAAAGCAGUAUUCAAGCAGAGACCUCCCCUCUCACACAAAGAUAAAAUACAGGCAAACUACACAGGAUGCCCCUGAAGAGGUUCGCAGCCGUGACUUUAGGAGAGAGUUGGAAGAGAGAGAGAGAGCUGCUGCAAGGGAAAAAAAUCGGGACCGACCAAACCGAGAACAUACAACUUCCUCUUCAGUGUCAAAGAAGCCCCGCUUAGACCAGAUUCCUGCUGCCAACCUUGAUGCUGAUGAUCCCCUCACAGAUGAGGAAGAUGAGGACUUUGAAGAGGAGAGCGAUGACGAUGAUACUGCAGCUCUUCUUGCAGAGCUAGAAAAAAUAAAGAAGGAAAGAGCUGAAGAGCAGGCCAGAAAGGAACAAGAACAAAAAGCAGAGGAAGAGAGAAUUCGGAUGGAAAAUAUUCUGAGUGGAAACCCCCUCCUAAAUCUCACUGGCCCAUCCCAGCCUCAGGCCAACUUCAAGGUUAAAAGAAGGUGGGACGAUGACGUCGUUUUUAAGAACUGUGCAAAGGGUAUAGAUGAUCAGAAGAAAGACAAAAGAUUUGUAAAUGAUACACUUCGAUCUGAAUUUCACAAAAAGUUCAUGGAGAAAUAUAUUAAGUAGUACAGUUUUAUGUGCUUAAUUAAAGUCUAAUAAAAUGUUAGGGAUCAAUUUGA